GUAAUUUUGUAUUAAUUUGCUUUUUAUGUUGGCAGACUAGGAAUGUAAUUGGAGAUAGAGGAUUAGAAGUUCUUGCUCAGAAUUGUAAGAAACUAAAGAGGCUUAGAAUUGAGCGAGGGGCCGAUGAUGAUGCGGAAAUGGAGGAUGAAGAAGGUCUAGUUUCACAAAGAGGUUUAACUCAUCUGGCUCAAGGCUGCCUAGAGCUGGAAUACUUGGCGGUUUACGUAUCAGAUAUCACAAAUGCAUCUCUGGUAUGUAUAGGUGCUCACUUGAAAAACCUCUGUGAUUUUCGCCUAGUUUUGCUUGAUAGAGAAGAUAAGAUAGCUGAUUUGCCUCUUGAUAAUGGAGUCCAAGCUCUAUUAAGGGGAUGUGAAAAGCUUAGAAGGUUUGCUCUAUAUUUAAGACAGGGAGGUUUAACAGACGUGGGUCUCAGUUAUAUUGGGCAGUACAGUCAAAACGUGAGAUGGAUGCUUUUGGGUUGUGUUGGGGAGUCUGAUGCAGGGCUUAUAGAGUUCUCGAAGGGAUGCCCUAACCUGCAAAAACUGGAAAUGAGAGGUUGUUCCUUCAGUGAGGGUGCCCUAGCUAUUGCUGUGAUGCAACUGACUUCACUGAGGUACUUGUGGGUGCAAGGGUAUCGAGCAUCCCAAAACGGUCGUGAUCUUUUGGCAAUGGUUCGCCCAUUUUGGAACAUUGAGUUGAUUCCUCCAAGAAAAGUUCAUGAGGCUGAUCAGGUCGGACAGCAAGAAGUGAAUCCGCAGCCAGCUCAUAUACUUGCAUAUUACUCCCUUGCUGGACAAAGAGCAGAUUUUCCGGAGACGGUGUGCCCAUUAGAUCCAGAAUCUUUACUUACCAGAUAGAGCUAGCUGUAUAUACCACCUUUUUCAAAGUCUCUGUUGUUUUCAUUUUACCGCCACGCCCUGUUUAUAAAAUCAAAAACUAUUUUCAUUUUUCUCCUCUGAGGGGUUCAAAUUUUUAGUUUUGAUUUCUGUUUUUUUGUUGUAGACUUUUGUUCCUUAAAUAAGUUUGUGUUUUCUUCUGUAAUUCUACUUUCUUUCUUCCUUUGUACAAUUAACUAGCUUAAAUCUCAGACCUUGAGUGAGUGACUUGUGUCAAAUCCACUGAGCAACUUUUUUCUUUUUUGAAAUUACUUUUGUUAUUUGGGAAAAUCUUGGGAUGCUUUGAACUCAUUAAUAAACAUGUGACAGUCAAUUUUUUUUUUUUUAA